GCCGCGAGGAGUGGCGCCGGCGGAGGGCUGCGGCCGCCAACGUCAAGCACGAUUGCACCGGGACCGCGGCGCAGCUCCUCCGAGGGCAGGCCCUGCUGCCAGCAUGUGCGUCCACGGCAGCCGCGCAGAGUGACCAGCUCGUGCAGCGGCCGUUGGACGCCGGUGAUUUCCGCAAGGCACUGGAUGAGGCUUGGAAGGCAGCGGCGCAGGCCAAGCUAAAUAUCAAGGAGAAGGACGUGAGGUACAAAAUGCAACAGCUGCGCGUGGGAGCGCAGGCCGGAGGCUCCGCUACGUGCAACGACGCUCUGUGCGCCAUCGGAGAGGUGAAGGGAGGUGUAAGGUGCCUCACAGCCUGGGUCCAGGCGUGGGCCGACGGCCGAGUGCCCCCAUCCCUUGCACGCCUCCUGAUAGAGCAGGUCCUGAGGCUGGUCAAGAGAGACAACGGGAAACCACGGAACAUCGCCUUGAUGGAGUGUUUGUUCAAGUUCGCGAGCGGCGUCGUCCAGGAGACUGUGCGUUUCCAGCGGCCGCGCGACGCCGAGGAUACCUCCGAGGGACUCCACUGGACGCAGUAUGGUGGGCAACCGGCAGGCCCAGAGCUCAUGCUCAUGGUGCACCAAGGUCUAGUGAAACUCCGCCCCAGCUUGGCAUACUCUUGUCUGGACGCGGAGAACGCCUACGGCAACAUCGCCCGUGCGGCAAUGCUCAGAGGCCUGAGGCUGUGCCUGCAAAAUGCUGGCGCCCGCUUGGCGGCCCAGAGCAUUUGGGUCCACAUCCCCAGCCUGGUGGACGACAUGCGUCUUGUCACAGCGCCGGAGCACGUCGAAGAGGCCCUCGCAGUCCUUGAGGAAGAGCUGGCGCGCAUCAACCUCAGGCUGAACCUCGCCAAGAGCGCGGCGUACAUCCCAGAGAGGGGCGAGCAGAAGCUCGGCACGCACCCGGCCAUCACUAAACUCAAGCAGUUGGAGGGAGGGCUGCCAGCGCUGGGCAGUGCGUGUGGCGGCGAGUUCGAGACCGAGUCCCCGACUCGGUGGCGGCGCAGCCGGCGUUACGACGACUUGCCGCGGCACGGCGCUUGGCCGAUGAGUGCUCCCGUUACCGAGUGGAGUGCCGAGAGGCCCGAGGCCAGCCUGCCUCUGGCGGAGGAGCUGGAUGCCAUCAUCGAUCACGCGGCCCGGACGCUCCCAGGAGUGCAAGCCGACGACGGGUGGACAGACGACACGUCCAUGCAGCUGAAGUGGUCAUCAGAUCUUGGCGGCAUGGGCUUCGGCUCAGCGGCGCUGGGGGCAAGGCUCGGCCGGUUGGCGGCGCUCGGGCCAUGCCUGCCGGUCGCGCGGCAGCACCUGCGAGCACUCUUGCCGGAGGCGGCCGAGGAAGAGCACGGUAUCGAGCUCAGCGCUUCGGGCACCAUGGCCCGGGAGUCCGAGCCGCGAUGGGACGUCAGGGCGCAGUUCGAGCCGAUCCGGGGGCUCUACAGCACGGUGUCCCGGGUGGUGCAGGAGGCGCAGCAAGCGGACAUGCUCGCCAGGCACGCGGCGGCGGAGCAGACCAGCCAGCGCGAGGCAGCUGCCGCUGCCCGGCGGAACCCUGCUGAAAGUGAGCGCCUCAAGAGCAAGGCAGUGGCGCACCUGCGCCACUGCGUUCGCAUGCGGUCGACUGCGGGCACAGGGGCGCACGACUGGGUCGACCACUGCCCCAGCGAUCGCCCUCUCCAACUGAACGACGAGGAGUUCCACUACGGGGUGCGGUGGCGGCUUGGCCUGCCCGUCAUGCGCGCGACCGCAUGCCAGCACAAGCCCAGCCAGAAGCGCGAGGAGACCACGAGGUGUGGUAAGCUGUGCGACCGCUUUGGGGACCACGCGCAGCUCUGCGGGGUCGCUGCCUGCCUCCGGCGGCUCGCAACGCAGAGCGGCGUCGAGGCAGAGACGGACGAAGUCUGUCCAGCGCUCCUCCAGGGCGAGCCUGGCGCCGAGGAUGCGGUAGAGGCCCGCCUCGACGUCCAUCUCUGGGGCCAUGGGCCGGAGCUCUACGAGGAGUGGGUGGACGUCACCGUGACGAACCCGCUCAGGCUGGAGAGGAGACGCCAGGCCGCGCAAGAGGACGCCCACGCUGCACGGGCCGCCGAGCAAGCCAAAGUCACGAGGUAUGGCGAGGGCCAGGGGGGA